AGCCGCGUCCCGCCCCCGUCUCUCUGACGCUCUCUAGGCACGGAUCAGGACGACUUGUUUUGACAUGUGCUCAACCCACUGAGGUAUCGAAGCAGGGAUAAGCGCUUGUAGAGCAGACUCUGGCUCCACUCCGGGUCGUGGGGCUCGUAGACCGGACUCUGGUCCACUCCGGGUCGGGGAGGCGGACCCCACGUGGACCCCGCGGCACCAGUGACGUUGACGGAGCGGCGGUGUGUGUGUUGCUGUGCUGCCGUGCUCAAGUCGGUGCACAGUGGGACCUAUUUCACCAUGAGCGACUACUUCAGCCUCUCCGACUGCGACGUGAUCGGCUUCGACCUCGACCACACGCUGUGUCGGUACCACCUGAAGGAGACCUCCAGGCUGAUCUACGAGAGCUUCGCCAGGUAUCUGGUGGAUCACAAGGGCUAUGACCCCGACCUGCUCCUCCUCACCCCGGCCACCUGGGACUUCUGUUUCAAAGGCCUUGUGGUGGACCUUGAGGAUGGAAACCUGGUGAAGCUAGCCGCAGAUGGAACCGUCCUACGAGCGACGCACGGAACCAGGGACCUGACGGAGGCGGAGAUCCUGCAGCACUACGGCCCCCAGAGGCAGUGGAAGCACUUCCACAGCCUCAACACCUCCUUCACCCGCUCAGCACAUUACUAUUUCUACGACAACUACUUCGACCUCCCCGGGGCUCUGUUGUGUGGUCGGGUGGUGGACAUGUUGAACAAGCGGGGUGAGGAGGUGAACGCAGAGUUCUGGAAGGACAUGGUGGCGGCCAUCGACCACAACUACAACACAUCGGCCUUUAAAGAGGACGCCGGGACCUACUUCCCCAGCGUGAAGCGGGACCCUGGGCGCUACCUGCAGCCCUGCUCCGAGGAGGUGAAGGCGUGGCUGCGCAGCAUGAAGGAGGCCGGGAAGGUCCUGCUGCUCAUCACCAGCUCCCACAGCGACUACUGCCGACUCAUCUGUGAACACGUCCUGGGGAAGGACUACGAGGAUCUGUUCGACAUCAUCAUCACCAACGCGCUGAAGCCCGGGUUCUUCUCCCUGGUUCCCCACCAGCGUCCCUUCAGAACCCUCGUGGACGACGUGGAGGAGAGCGAGGGCCUGCAGGCGCUCGACAAACCCGGCUGGUACUCCCAGGGGAACUGGCCUCACCUCCACCAGCUCCUCAAGACCAUGACGGGCAAGCCGGAGCCCAAGGUGGUGUACUUCGGAGACAGCAUGCGCUCCGACAUGUUCCCCGCCUCCAGCUUCGGGCGCUGGGAGACGGUGAUGGUGGUGGAGGAAAUGGAGGGCGAGGGUGUGCCCACCAGCGCCGCCGCCAGGGCUAACCAGGCCCAGACCCAGACCCAGGACCAGGCCCAGGACCAGGACCAGGCCCAGGCCCAGGCCCAGGACCAGGACCAGGACCAGGACCAGGACCAGGACCAGGACCAGGAGACCAAGGCCAAGUUCGAGGACCAGGGCAUGAAGGCCCCCUCGGACUCCUCCCGGCAGUGGGGGUCCUACUUCAUGGACGCCCAUAAGAGCUCCGGAGAGGCAGGAGAGGGGAAGGAGGAGCAGGAGCAGAAGCUGACCUGGUGCUGCCACAGCAUCCAUAAGUACAGCACCAUGGCCAUCCCCAGCGUGGAGCACAUCGCCGGUCUUCCCCUGGACUACAAGUUCCCUCGCUUCUCCCCCGACCGGCCCCCCACCAGCGGCUACUACCCUCGGCCCCCCGACUCCCUGCAGGGCGGACGGAGCCAGGACACGUCAUGAGGAACCACCCCACCCCAAUUACCUCCACCUCCUCCACCUCCUCCAUCCCC